AUGUCCUCCGCCAUGUCCUCCGCCAUGGAUUCCUUCCCCAUAUUCUCCGUGGCCCAGACACCGCUCAGAACUGUCAAGGCAUGGGUCCCCAUCCCUAUCCUGGGGCUAGUGGUCUAUCUGGUUGCGGUAGCGGUGUUCCGCAACAGAAGAGUCAAGAAAGCCGGGAAAAAAUUAAAUUAUCCAACUCGAGAGUCGAUGGCCACGAUGAGCAAUGAUGAUGCGUGGAGAAUCCUCCUGGAUCUUAGCCAAAUGGAGUUCCCAUUCACCUAUCUUAAAGCGUUACAAUUCGCUUUGUUUAGGACCUAUGGAAUCCCCACCAUCUCCAAAACCCUUGUACAAACAGGCCAGUUCGCGAAACCAGAGUUCUCGAUGAAACGUUAUGCAGACACCUCUGUGCUAAUUUCAGAAUUCGUGGGCAACUCCCCUACUUCGGAGCGCGCCAAAGCUGCGAUUGCCCGCAUGAACUAUCUUCACAACGGAUACAGAAUGUGUGGGAAAAUCCUCGAUGAUGACAUGCUCUUUACUCUCAGUCUUUUCACACUAGAGCCAAUCAGGUGGAUUAACAGAUACGAAUGGCGCAAGGCUUCAGAGUUGGAAGUGUGCGCCCUUGGCACUUUCUGGAAGAGUGUAGGCGAUGCCAUGGAGAUUAGCUUCGAGAAUCUACCAUCAUCCAAGGUAGGGUUCAAGGAUGGUAUCCAAUUUUCGGAAGAGCUCAGAAUGUGGAGCGAGGAUUACGAGCGGAGGACAAUGGUCCCCAGCGAGUGGAACAAGAGGAAUGCAGAUCAGACUACCGCAGUUCUCCUGUGGGAUUACCCUCUUCUCGUGAGACCGAUGGCUCGGAAGAUGCUGUUUUUCUUGAUGGAUGACCGUCUGCGUGAGGCAAUGAUGUACGAAAAGCCACACGUGCUCUACAGAGUGGCAUUUGGCUCAAUUUUCAAGCUCCGAGCAUGGUUUCUCCGUUAUCUCUCCCUCCCCCGUCCGAAGUUCAUGCGGCUCCGCCGCGUCGCUCCAGGUACCAGCGCGGAAGCUCGCUAUAACAUACUUAACUGGGAAGGUGCUCCCUUCUACAUCCGACCAACUUUCAUGAAUCGGUGGGGACCUCGUGCUUGGUUCGCAUGGCUUUGCGGGAUGCCACUUCCUGGCGAUGAUCCCAAUCAUUGCCCAAACGGAUACUAUAUCCCAGAUGUCGGACCAAAGAAUUUUGAAGGGAAGGGGCACGACCAGUUCGAAGGAGAGGUCAUCCCCACUCCCAAAGGCCAUGAACGACCAUCUCUCCAUGACGCUAUGCAAAAAGCUUUCCUGAAAUGGCAACGAAGAUUAUUUAACGUUUUGUGCUGCUAG